CGGGGAUGUGGAUCUGUGAGGCGACGGUGGCGUUUGAGAUUCUUCGGAAAAUUUAAGAGUGUUUUUAGAAGCCUUGGUGCAAUAUUAUCAAUCCGGUGAGAGUUCGCCUGUCCGCGAAUGGUGGUGUUUACGAUCAGGCCGGUGCAGUUAAAUCGAUCGGAGUGCUGCUACUGGUGAUAAGCGCGGACGGUAGGCCUUAUUCUGGCUGGGCUUUCCAGUACCUAGUGGUGGAAUUUGUUGUUUAUCGUGGCACUGAAAAAGUGGAAGAGUGAAAAAAUAUGUCGUCACAAGGAAGAAGGCAACCCGGAGCAGCAGCAGCAACAGCAGCGGUAGCAGAAAAAGAUGGCUAUCAUGAGUGAAGUUGGAGCCGUGCCUUGGAGCACUGAUUAGAAAAGAGGAAUUUUUGUGGGUGUUUUUUUUUUUACGACACAGGAUCGUGCAUUAUUUUGAGUGUCCCAGUCGGUGACUUUUUCCGAGAAAACGGAUUGUCUCGUUUGUUUACGUUUGACCAGAGUGGAAUAUUCUGCGAGGGAUAAUAAUAGAGAUAACAGAGUCAUGAUGCUGUUGCUGUUGCUGAUGUUGCCGUUUCUGCAGGAUCCCCACUACGAUUGCCUUCGUCAAUAUCUGCCACACAUUGAACGACAGCGGAAAGCACUCACUUAGUCGAAUUCGCGCACCGGAGGAAAUGCAUCGAAGUUGUGAACUUUGUAGAAUAGAACAACAAUUCGGUCAUGCAUUGAACCUGUGAUAACCAUCGUACCCAACACAAAAAAUUAGCUACGUUGCAGUUUUCGCUCGUUAGUGACUUAAAAGUGAAACCGUUAGAACAGUCUUGCCAUGUAGGCAAAGUAGGUAUUAAUUCUAAGUGAAAAGUGUGGCCACUCAAAUCUAGCUUGAUGGUCAUGUGAAAGAAGGAGAAAAAGGCAGAAGUGCAAAUUGUUCCGGGUUCCGACCAUGUCGGAGCAUGAAAACAACUGUCAGGUGUACGUCUAUCUGGUGGAAAAAUUCGUUGACGUCCCGAUUCAGGACGGUGACACCUGUGAGGAUCUGUGCAUCAACCUAUGCAAGCAGUACGGAAUUGGGCCGCUGGUUCAGCUGCUUCUGGGUCUGCGGAUACACGACGAACCAUGGUUCCUGGCACCGUGCGUUCGGCUGCAGGCCGGCAAAAAGUACGAACUUCGCGUACGGUUCAAGAUUCCCAAAAUAUCGAAUCUGAAAACGCUGGACAGGAUCCUGUUCAACUACUACUACUACCAACUGCGGCACGAUCUGCUGCACAGCAAAAUUGGCGAAAUCGAUCACGACGAGUACAAGAACAAAAUCCUGGGCUACGUUGUCAACGAUAUGUACCGGAAGAUGGUGGAGCAUGACGUACCGAUAUCGGAGCUGAAGCGCACCUACGAGGAGUACAUCCCGCGGAAGAUCAACAAAGAGCACUCGUUGUUCUUCUUCAACUGGGCCCGGUCCAAGGUGUUUAGCUCACUGAACAAGAUCUGCAACAAGACUCAUGACGUAGACUAUGUAAAAAGUGUGUAUAUAGACGAUAUCGAUAACAUUGCACCCUGUUAUCUGUAUGAGGAGUACAACUGCAGCAUACCGUACCCGCCGGAGGAUGGUAUGCGUACGCAGGGCAAGUGUAAGGUAAAGGUGAAGUUUGCUCCCUACGGCAACGGUAGGACAACGAAAAGUGCAAAAUCAGGCAAAAAUGCGCAAAAGGAUGACAACGAGUCACUGCCGGGGCUGAAGGUGUUAUAUUCGCAGGAGUGGAGGCACGUGGCGAAUAUCGAUGAAAUUUUUACUAUACUAGUAGACAACCUGACGGUGAACAUUUCACUGAAGGAUCAGUCGAAUCUAUACUCGAUAGACUUCAACAGUCAGACUGAAUUAGACUCGUUCGUAACGUGUUUAUCUGGUUAUUAUAGGUUAAUGUGUAAGUGGACUGUGUAUCUGUGUAAACCCUAUCUGUCCUCACCAACAUUGAAUAGACUUACGGAACUCAAAUGCCAUGGUCCUAUUGGAGGAAAGUUCUCCUACCGUAAAAUAGCGGAGAAGAAUAGCAGCGUCGGUGCAAACAUCGUACGUCAAUGCGAUAAAACAUACGACACGUACUACGUCGACAUUCUGGAACGCGAACACCAAAUGAAAACUUAUAAGCUCACCUACUCGGCAAAUCGGUGGCAUGUGGAGCGAGGCCCCGGUAAGGAAACCAUCUACGACGAGCUGGUCGAAGCGCUGCGAAGUUUGCAUCCCAACCCCUAUCGACUCUCGCCAACGGAAUACGACAAAGCACCGAACCUACUGCUGUGCAUGCCCCAGAACGAUAUGAUCUCCAAGCGGCUGCUGACGGAAGCCGGCGAGAUGCAACAGGCGCGACCGCAGAUCGUGAAUGCGGCCAAGGAGCUGGUGAUCAACAGAAAUGCGUUGAAGAACGAAGGCGAUGGAUUCUUCGAGAGAACCAGAGCUGAACUGUUGCUGCCGAAUAAUACCAAAAUGGAGGUGACGCUACGGUUGUUGAAAAACAAUAAAAAGGAUGAAUUUUUGAGCGACUUUCUCCAGUUGACCGACUUCUGGGCAAGCAUUGACUGUAGAGACAUCAUCAAACUGUACGGCGUGACUCUGUUCAAGCCGAUCUCGAUGGUGAUGGAAAGUUCGCGAGACGGACCGCUGGACGAGUUCCUACGACGGCAUCCACAAGUUGCGUUCACGUCGCUGGUUGAUGCUGCCCAUUCGUUGGCUUGUGCUCUCUAUUACCUGCAGGAAAAGGGCCUCGUUCACGGUCGCAUACGGUGCUCAUCGAUGUUGGUGACUUCGUACGAUCGGAAUGAAAACCGCCUGAUAGCCAAGCUGGGAGAUCCGGGACUCCGCCAGCAACAGCAGUAUACAGAGAGAGACCUGUUCUGGAUACCGGUGGAGUACCACGAGCUGGGGCAACACGAGGUGCAAUUGUUGAAACGUGAUCUGAAAGCGGACAUUUGGGCCUGCUCGACGACCUUGUGGGAGAUCUUCAGCCGCGGCAAACGGUUAUUGGCCAGGAAUGUAAAGGAAUUCAUUUCUUCUGGUCGGCGGUUGAAGGCACCACCGGAAUGCGAACUCGUCAAGGAGAUCUACCAGUGCAUGUACUACGGUUGGAUGGUGGAUCCGGACAAGCGGUUCGCUCCGCAAAUGAUCAUUUCGAAACUGGUGCAAGCGAAACAAAAGAAGGUCUACUGUGAAGUAUCCACUAUUGGUAACGGAACAACGAAUUCAGCCAAUGGCUCUUACUCGCAUCAUAGUAUUAAUUCUAUAAAUACAGAUUCAACCUUCCUUAAUUCUCGAACGGACGUGUCGAAUUCUUCGUACGUGAGUAACGGUAGCGAUGGUGACGCCGGUAGUAACGCUUCGAGUGAGUGCAGCUCUCAACCGCUCAUCUCGAAUGGCGGUUCUAGUCAGUACAGUGUCGGUUCGUACAGCGGUUGGGGUCAGAUACAGGCCAAAAAGUUCAUGUACGAUUGUCCGGACUUUAUCGAGCUGGCCAACGGCUCCAAGGUGAUAUUCCAGGGAGAGCUGGGCCAAGGACACUACGGUAAGGUCUAUCGCGGGUGCAUCGAUGACGGUAAGUACUCGAAGGAGGUGGCCCUCAAGACGAUCAACAGCCCGACGGACGUGGAAAAGGCAGUGACGGACUUCAAGCGGGAGGUUUCCAUCAUGAAAAAGCUGAACCACCGAAACAUUGUCAAGCUGAUCGACUUUAUCGACGAGAUAGACAAGUUGGUGGUGAUUAUGGAGUUCAUGGAGAAAGGGUCGCUGCUGGACUUUCUGAGCUACGAUCGGUACGCUUUGAACAAAUCCAUCCUGUUGCGAUUUGCCAAGGACAUUGCCGAUGGCAUGAAUCAUCUGUUCGAGAGGAAAAUCAUCCAUCGGGACUUGGCGGCGCGAAAUAUUCUGGUGAAGAGCAUGGAUUGUGUGAAGAUCUCCGACUUUGGACUGGCACAGGUGACCGACGGAAGCAACUACUACAUAGCGCAGAGUAAUCGAGAUCUGCCUAUCAAGUGGUACGCCCCGGAGACGUUGAUCACGCAAAAGUAUUCGUUCCAAUCGGAUGUCUGGUCGUUCGGCGUGACGCUGUUCGAAAUGUUCACGUACGGUGAGACGCCCUACCCGAAUGUGGAGAUCAAACAAGCUGAACACCUGUAUGACUUGAUCAUAAACAAAAAUCUCAGACUGCAACUCGACGAAGUCGACCUGGACGUACAGAAGCAGCUGAUGGCGCCGUGCUUCAAUCUGGACUCGCACCAACGGCCCACAUUUGUGCAAUUAAUCGAAAAUAUCGAGGAUCUUGUCGCCCAAUACUACGGUGAACCCAUUUAAUCAAUUGAAAUAUAGGACAACGCAAACACAUCCCUAAUUGCAAACGCGUACGAUAGACUGAUGCAAUAUUUCAAAUAAUCGCUCCACAGUUCUCAAACUGUUCUGAUCAUCCUCUCAAAAUUUCAAACUCAUUUAGUUAAACACUGACUGUGCACAAACCAUUUGAAAUUUAUUUGGGUAUUAUUAAGGGAAAACACACGUUUAUCUUUCUAACAUCUUUUUCGUAUUUCAAGCUUAUUGUUUAUCGCAUACUAGCUUAUUGCGUGCUCUCAACUUAGUGUUCUGGAUGCAUUUCCACACAGUUAUUAAUUGAGAGCUUUCGAUGCCUGUACCAUUUUUGCAUUAAUUUUGGCCCAGGGAAGUUGAGAAAUUUUCCAACCCGAAAAAUUCAUCGGGAUUCGAACCCAGCCACCUCCAGCAUGGUCUUACUUUGUAGCUGCGCUUUUACCGACUGAGCUAAGGCAGGCCCAUAGCUUUCUUCGCCAUAUUUAUCACACACUCAAAAUAGCUGUGCCGAAUCAACUGUGUUUCUGGUGCUUGAAAUAGAGCACAAAAUCAUGACUUCUAUGUCACACUGCAGAAUACAGUGUUGUCCACAAAGCAGCUGCUUGAUCAUGUCAUAAGAUUAGCAAUCUCUUAAAUAAUUAAUAACCAUUUCAUUUGUUGUUUGACUAAAAGACGGUCUUCAGCAAAGUUGAAGCUGUGAAAAUGUCCUACGGGAAUAACUAUUGACCUUUCUCCAAGAGCAACAUAGAAAUAGAGUAGAAGGCGAUGGUAUUUCCCAUAGGAAUCCGCAUAAAAACUUCAAAUGGUUUGUGCACAGUCAGUUUCUAACCAAACUAGAUCAAAUUUUGGGAGGCUAAUGAGGACCGGAUUCGGAACCGUUCUAGCAAUUUGGAGCUUAAAUUUCAAAUUUUGCAUCAGUCCAACGUAUGUACAUGCACGCGCUGUGGAGCUACUUAGAGAAAAAAAAAACAAACACAUCUAAGGGAAACACUAAAAAAGUGAGUUCCCAACAAAAACUCAACUGUGAAGGUUAAAAAAAGGUUUCGUGUAGAGGAAAUAUUUUCCGAAAAAAAACCAAAUAUUUUAGAACACUGCACACAAAAAUAAUGGCAAAUCCAAUGCACUCUCCUAUAGUUUAGGUUAGGCAAAGAUAUUUUGAAUCUUAUUGAACGUCAGAGGAAAUGUUUUUGCUGCAUUUUUUUUGGUAUACGUACUAAACCGUUUCUAUGCUUCAAGGCAACAGAUGCACUGAAUUUUAUUGCGGCAUGCUCUUUUUACAAAAAAAAAACUAGUAGAAAUUCGUGUUCGAACUAAGAGUGUCAUACUUUCACACAUAACUAAAUCUAAAAUAUCCCACAGGGAAAAGACUCACCUUAUUGUUAUUAUUGUUGCCUGUCCAUUUUCUACUCUGUAAAUAUAUGUAGCUUAAUUCUUAAAAAAAAACCUGGAAUAUCAACCAACUGACGAAAAGAAAAGAGGAUUGUGCCCGUCUAACUAAUGGAUAUGUGUCUUACCGGAUACCUAGUUGUUAAAUUAAAUUCUGAUUCUAAUUGAAACUUGACUUUUGAGCAAGUUUGUAUCAUGUGUUAAUUGGCCACAGUGGACAGCAGAAGAAAUCUUUAAGAAACAAAACAAAACAAAAUACCUAACCUAGCACAAUUGCAGAGAAACAGUCGACUACUAAUACUGCUGGAAACCUAAAUAUAUUCUCGAAGUGCCACCUAGAUGAGGAUGUCUCGGUUUUUACUUUUUUAAACCCCCCGUCAUCUAGAUUUGUCGAUAAAACGGCUGUAUUCCAAUCCGUAAUUAAGUAACGUGUUUUGUUUGAUUUAUUUUGUACUGUAUUUAAGCGUAAAUUACGUAAGAAAUUUAGUGUCGAGCCUGAUUGGUGCGAGCAGAAAAUUGCCUUUAUUAUUAACUUCAGUUCAAUUGAGUUGGUUCUUGGUAAGUGAAAUUAUUUAAUUUUUUUUUUCUUAAAACAAUGGCCAGUCAAAAGAAAUUGCAUAAAUGUUGCUGUACAAAAUGCCGUAUUAUACCCCCACUAUGUUUACUGAUGAGCUCACAAAAGGGAUCCUGUUAUUGAUAUUUCUUCGAAUCGUUACAAGCCUAUUUUGUACAUUUAGUUUUUACUGCUUUAACAUAAAUUUAGAUAGCACAGAUUAGAAAUUCUUGAACCUGAAUAAAAAUGCAAAUUAGACAUUAAACUUGGGGGGGUAGAAACAUGAACCAUGAUCAAUUUUCUGAUUAUAAAAUAAUACGAAUAUAUUUUUAUUUUACAAUUUCUUUAAGAAGCAUCAAUAAGACCUUUAUC